UUCUCUAAAAUCGCUAUAUAAAUAGAAAUACAAACCCUAAAAAUCAAUCUCCUCUUUGACUCGCCGCCUGUUGCUCGGAGAUUCAGACUCAUUGAUCCAAGCCUAGAGCUCUUUGCUUCAAAGAUCCAAUCCCUUCACGCUUUUUUCAAACAUGGUUCUUCCCAAUGAUGUCGAUUUGCUAAACCCACCUGUCGAAUUGGAGAAAAAGAAGCAUAAGCUGAAGCGCCUUGUUCAAUCUCCAAAUUCGUUCUUCAUGGAUGUUAAAUGCCAGGGCUGUUUCAACAUAACAACUGUUUUUAGCCAUUCUCAAACAGUGGUUGUAUGUGGAAACUGUCAGACUGUUCUUUGCCAACCCACAGGAGGUCGUGCUAGGCUGACUGAAGGAUGUUCUUUCAGGAGAAAGGGAGACUAAAUGAGUUAUUGAAUCGGCCAACAUUUUGUUUUGAGGUCAAUUCUAGGUUUGUGUUAGUAAUAUGCUUAAAGCUUUUGUUAACAUAACUGGAUUUGUUUAUUUCUAGGAUGUUUUGGUUGGUUUGUUUUUGUUGAUUGUUGUUUUUCAGACCUUUGGAAUUCCCUUUUCAUCUUAAUUUUAUGAAUUUCUUAUAAUCUA